GAAUGGGGUAACAUUUUUUGUAAAGAAUUGUUUAGUCAAAAUUAUAGUACAAUUCUGGGGCAAAAAACGUCUGAAUAGAAGUGAAACAAAGUCAUUUUUUCAUCACAAGGUGUACGUGCACACAAUCAUUACUCUUAGUUUUGCGCCACAAAUCAUAACGCAACAAUAGACAACACCUGAUUGAGUCUAAAAUUGAGACAGCGCGCCGUAGCAUUGCUGCGUGGAGCAGGAUGCUGUUUCGCAGCGUGCAGCUCCUGCAGCGAAGACACCAGCAGUUCGGCAGAGCUAUUAGUCACUUGUCUGCCCGACAUGCCACCGGCAAAAGUUGUAUGCAAAAUGAUUUGGAAAUCUUCAAGGCCCAAGCGCUUACGCGUCCCGGCAUGUUCUUUCAGUUUCGCUGUAGUGCCGGAGGCAGCGAUUCCAAUAAAAAGGAGAAGCUGGCGCUUGAUAAAGUCGUCGGACCUGUUCAGGAGUCGAAGGAAGAGACGAAGGAUACUGGGCGCAAGACGAAUGUUAUACAAACAAAAAACUUCGAGGUAAAAACUUCCAAAGGGAUGCUAACCAUCAGCACGACCAUUGAAGACUCGAAGAUCAAUGAGAUUGUAUUCGAGAAAUCAGACACAUCGGCCAUCAAUAUGAUGUCCAAUACGAGUACUACUGUAGAAGGAGGAACCAAUAGUACAACUGCCCCUGAACCCCCGCCUGGCUCCACUACAUCUGCUCCUAAGUCGCCGCCACCUCUUAAGGACACCAAGAGCAGUCCGACAGCACCACCUGCAGAGACUCCACCUGUUGUCACACCCGCACCAAAGCGCGCACGCUUCGAUUAUCGAGCCUCACUAGAACGCAAUUUUGUGACUCCUGGGAGAGCAAUUGCAGAUUUUAUGUUAACGGCUGCUGACCUGGACUCUCUAUCGAAGAUCAAGAGGAGAUCUCCCUACGAACAAGAACCUCCCAUGACCGUCUAUUGGCGACGGGAUGUGGAGGCAAAAGCUGUUGAAGUAUGGGGCUCCAAGGAGAACCUUCUGCGCGAGCGUCUCAAGCGAGAGGUGGAACGCAAACAGUACCAGCAGAAUUUGUUCACUGUGAAACGCCGACUGCGCGACUAUCGCCGGGAGAUUGGUUCGCGAACCAAAAUAAUGAUAGACAAUCAAAAAGAGUCGGAGAAGUCUGGCCAAGUAGUGGCCACAGCCAUUGCUAUCAAUGCGGCUAAUUUGCUCUUUAAGACAGGUGGAUGGGUGUACAGUGGCUCCCACAGCAUGUUCGCCGAGGUCAUUCACUCGCUGGCUGAUCUUAUUAACCAGCUUAUACUCGCUUUUGGCAUCUACAAAUCCUCGCAGAGUCCUGAUAUGGACCAUCCCUAUGGUUACAUGAACAUGCGUUAUGUGUCUUCGCUGAUCUCAGGAGUGGGCAUCUUUUGUGUGGGCUGCGGUCUGUCCAUCUAUCACGGCAUUGAGGGCAUUCUUCAUCCGCAGCCCAUCGCCGAUCUUUUUUGGGUCUACUGCAUUCUGAUGGGCUCGCUAGUGUCCGAGGGCGCUACCCUCAUGGUAGCCGUAAAUGAGCUGAAGCGUGCGGCCCGUGUAAAUAACGUGAGCUUCAAGGAAUAUGUUAUUUCCGGCAAGGAUCCCUGCGUGAAUGUGGUGCUUUGUGAGGAUGCCGCUGCCGUGACUGGGGUUAUUGUAGCCGGCACCUGCAUGGGACUGAGCAGCUAUACGGGCUCACCCAUUUUCGACGCCGCAGGAUCGCUUGUAAUUGGCGGUCUGCUAGGAGCCGUGGCAUCUUUCAUUAUUUACACCAAUGCCAACGCCCUGGUGGGUGUCUCCAUUUCGACCGACCGCUUGGAGAAGAUCAACAGUGCGUUGGAGGCUGAUGUCAUGAUCCGAGCUAUCUAUGAUGUGAAGGGCAUUGAUAUUGGCAAUGCUCGUGUUAGAUACAAGGCUGAGCUUGACUUUGAUGGUCGUGAGCUGACGCGCUCUUAUCUGGACAAACAGGAUCUCGCCAAGCUACUUACCACUGUUCGUGGAUUCCAAAAGGUGGAAGAUUUGGAGAUCUUCCUGCUCGCCCAUGGCGAAAACAUUGUAGACCUCAUGGGCGGUGAGAUUGAUCGCAUUGAAAUGAAUCUUCGGACGCAAUUUCCGGAAAUACGACACGUAGACCUUGAAAUACUUUAAGACCGAUCCGAGAGAUUGUUUAAUACAAA